AUGGACACCCUACUACAGACCAUGUUCAUCAUCGGCGGCGCCUGGACAUGCCUGGUCGGAUUUCUAGUUCUCGCAUCCAUGAAUCGGUCGAGAGACGGGCUGGACCUAUUGCCCAACGGCCAUCAUAUUCAUGGCGGCGGAGCCCAUCAGGGCUCGAGAAUAGAUCCGAAAGCGGGUGCCCCGAAGAAAGCUUAG